UUGGAUGUGAAUGUGAUUUAACAUUUCUUUAUAACCAAGCACUGCUAAAUUUGACUGUUUGAAUUUCUCCUUCACUGACUAUCUAUUCAGUGAGCUUAAGUAUAUUUACUUUCCAGGUAAAAAAAAAUAGAUAAAUGCAUCCAUUAUGUGACAUCAAAUUAAUAUCCUGGCAUUUUCACUCAAUUAACUUUUUUGAAGGUCUCUAGGCAGCCUUUUGUUUAAUUUGUUUUGCGCUAUCUACAGCAAUUUCCCACUGUCAAGGGGGGCUAAGCAAAUUGGGGAAAGGUUUAUGCAGGUAUGCAUAUGUGUAGCUGUUAGAAGUGGCUGCCCUGAAACUGUCAACAUGACCAUUCCAAUUCUGUGUAUUAAUAAAUCAUUUCAGAAGCAUUUUGUAAUUUAGGCGAUGGUCCAAAAUUAAAGCAGUGUUGCUAUCCCAAACUAUAGCAGCAUCUGACACCAUGAAUUGUUUUCCAGUUGGCAAGUGGGUAUAACAAAAGUAGAGUCAAGUAGUUAAAAUACACAACCACAUUUCUGGAGAGAAACAAAGUUAAAAGAAUCGAUGAUUGUUCAUCAGAAAGCAGAGUAAUUCACCCAACAGAUAACCAGAAGGACAAACAAUAUUUUAGCACUAUUAUCAGGAAUUGUAAAAAGUAGCUUCUCUGUCACCUUGAGGCCUUGCUUGUGUGUGUGCCUAAUCUUUUCAGAUUAAAGUCAACGACUAACCAGCCUUUUCCUACUGAUUUACGAUAGGGUAAUGCAUCGUAAAUACGCAACAGGAAAACCUGAUCAGAAAGAUUUGAAUGAGAACCUUGCAGCUACACAGGGACUGGCCCAGAUGAUCAUAGAAUGCAACAAAAUUUUUCAGAUCCCUCAAGAUAUGAUGAUGCAGUCCCGGAACUCUUACAUUGAGGCCGAUGCCCAUCCGCUGACACUGGAGGAACUCGGAAAGCAACUGGAAGAUGAAGGGGCAAAUUAUCAGACUUACCUGGAGAAUCUAAUCCAGAACCUUCAGAAAGAAUCCAGGGAGAAAUUUAAGAGCUGGGUUUCAUGUCCAUGCCCUGAUAACACUGAACUUGCUUACAAAAAGGUUGGUGAUGGUCACCCUCUCCGUCUGUGGAAGAUAUCCGUUGAAGUAGAGGCACCACCUUCUGUAGUUCUAAAUCGGGUACUACGAGAGCGCCACCUGUGGGAUGAUGACCUGCUCCAGUGGAAAGUUGUGGAGUCCCUGGACAAGCAGACUGAAAUUUUUCAGUAUGUCUUGAACAGCAUGGCUCCUCACCCCAGCAGGGACUUUGUCACACUGAGAACAUGGAGGACCGAUUUACCAAAGGGAACGUGUGCACUUGUGGCCACUUCUAUAGAACACGAUGAUGCAUCUUUGGUGGGUGGAGUCCGAGCCAUGGUUAUUGACAGUCAGUGGCUGAUUGAGCCAUGUGGCUCGGGAAAAUCACGAAUGACGCACAUAAGCAGAGCAGAUCUGAGGGGUCGGACUCCAGAAUGGUACAAUAAAGCCUUUGGAUAUCUCUGUGCAGCAGAUGCUGGAAGGAUCAGAAACUCAUUUCAGCCUAUAAAUUCAGAAGGUCCAGAAACCAAAAUCUAAAAUGGAAGAUUGUAUAUUGGAAGGGAAGCCAUUUUAUGGGAAAGUUGAUUCCUCAAGGCAAAUAUAUAAAUAGCUCACAGUAAUGGUGAAUGGCUUCCUUGCUAGCAAAGACAUUUGUAAAUUUUUUUUUGUAUUGAGUGAUAAACUUGCCAAGGCUGUUCACGGUACUUUACUGUCCUGAUUGUCAUAGUUCUCCUCUAGAUUGCAAAUACACCAGUGCUGCUGAUCAGCAUCAUCCAUAGCUAGAUUUUAUAGUAUUGUAUUGCAGUUCCUUUCUUCAUGGCCUGAUUAAAACUUUCUGCAAUUCCUGUGCUAUUUGCUGGAUAGAUUUGUAUAAAACCAUGCAUCUAGAGCUGUUUGAAAAGUCACUGUUGAAUAUUUGUAUUUUUAAUUUAUCCAAGUAUACUCAGUGGAAACUAAGCCUGAAGUCUAGUUAAUUAUAGUGGGCCUCAUGUGUAAAACUUGAGGUUCAUAAAUCCAUACAGAAUAUUAUACUGUGCUUUGCACAGUCCAAGGAAUAAGUGCUUCUGAGAAGCAUCAACAUUUUUAUUUUAUAUAUGUAGAUAAUAAAAAUCUAUAUGAAGUAUAAAUAUAUAUAUUCUGUAUCUAUAUUUUAAGCGUUUAACAUUUAGCUGUGAUGCCUGGCUGUCUAGCUGGUAUUUCUAGCUCUUGGAUCCCAAAUCUUGCCAUAGAAUUUUAAGAUGAUUUUUGCUAUUGUGAGCCAGAUGUUUGCACAGCAAGGCCAAUUUCACAAUGACCUUUUUGAGGUCAGAUCUGCUUUGACACUGUUUUAGCUUGACUUUAUCUGUGAUGGAAAUAGUCAAGAAAAGCAACAGAGCUGAGAAUAAUGUGCAUGUAUAGAUAGAUUAUUUCAUGAAGUCUUUGGAUCUUUCCUCCAGCAACCAUGAAAGUAUGUAUUUAAAAAGUAAUUAUGCAUUUCAGUAAUUUAUUGUUCACUCUGGGUUAGCAAAAACAGGAUAUUUUUACUGAAAUCUUAUUAAAACUUUUUUCUGCAGAGAAUGCAGUCUUCAUUGUACACCAGUUAUACCGGGCAUGUCUUAAAGCACAUUAUCAUUUUUACAGUAUUAUUUUCAUAUACAACAUGGUGCAAUUACUGGUAAACAAUAGUGAAAAAAAUACUAUGUUAGUGCCACAUAUUUAGUCAAAAAUCAUGUAUUCUUACUGAGUGUAGUCACUUUAUAUGUGCAUGAGUCAAGUGGUUCCACUUGGGCCAUAUUUUCAACAUAGUAUUAUGCCUCUGAUUGGGAUUCAGUAUGACCAGGAGUUUUAUUUAAGGAUGUAACUAUUUAUACCUCAUUUUUACCUCAUUUGUUGGAUUUGUUUUGACUGUAAAUAAUGUUUAUCUAAUAUUUAGAGUGAGAGAACCUGAUACAUUUAAGAAUAUUUGUGGUUAAAAGUUUCAUUAUUUCUUGUAUAAAAAGUUUAUUUUUCCUCAUUAUGAAAUGCACUAAUAAAGAUUACAUCAUAUA